AUGGCACAUUUGGUGAUUUAUGGAACAGAGUUGGAAGAACUUGACAAUGAGACGAGUUCGUUUGUUUUUACAAUAUUUAAUCCUAUUAUAGCAAUUCUUUCAAUAUUUCAUGUUAUUGUCAGACCGAUUGGCUGAUUGAUCUUCUUUCAUUUUUUUGAGCCAGGUUUUUUGCGCUUUGCUAGCACUGAACUUUCAGUUAUUUCAGGUAGCGUAAACAAUGUGCGGCCUCUUGGAAUUGGGCAACAAGUGGUGAAAGAUGAAAAGGGUCGAAAACGUUUCCAUGGAGCAUUCACUGGUGGUUUUUCUGCUGGUUACUUUAACACUGUUGGUUCUAAGGAAGGUUGGAUACCAAAAAAGUUCCGAUCAAGUCGCAAUGAAAGAAGCGAAAGAAUUGAUUAUAAACCAGAGGAUUUCAUGGAUGAAGAGGACUUGAGUGAAUUUGGAAUAGCAGCCAGGCGGAUAAAAACUGCAGUGAAUGUUGGUGAAGAUAAUAGUGAUAGACAUUUGCUAGCAUGGGAACGAAAUACGCAGUCUUCAAUCGAGUCAUCACUCGCAGCUCAUCUUCAAAAAAGUAUUAAGCCAUCUAGGAACUCAGUGGGCAUACAACUACUGAAAAAGAUGGGAUGGAGGGAAGGGCAUGGAAUUGGAUCGAAAAUGUCACGAAGAGCAUUAGAGAAACAGAAAUUGAAUGACGACAGAACUCAUGGUAAAGAAGGGUUUUACGAUGAAGAAGCAGUAAAGGAAGCAGAUGAAAUGGCACCAAAUUUUUUAUUUGCACCAAGCGACUUUGAUCCAACUAUUUUGAAAUCCUCUGAAGGCGUUCAUGGUUUGGGAUAUCGCGGAAUGCGACACACUUCUGUGCUCUCUGAGAAAUACGGCUUCAUUGAGGCUGCGCUAAAAAUGGAGAAAAAAGGAAGAGGUAUCUCAGGACAAGCAUUUGGCGUUGGUGCUUUCGAAAAUGAUGAUGCGAACAUAUACGCAAAUUAUGACCUUUCCCAAUAUGAUUUCGCGAUUGAUGGCGGUGUAACGGCGUCCGAUGCAUCGUGCAGUGCAAGUGACACAAGUUUUGUAAUGGCAUCCAAACGUCAAUCUGCAAGACGCUUUUUCGAACCACCGCGAAUCCCAUCAAAUUUUUUACCACAGCAUACUCCCAUCCGUCCGAAUAUUUCUCAAAUGCCCUUGAAUGUCAAGCAGUGCGGUGAAAGAAUGAAUCAUUUGCAACGUGCGAAGUUUUUGGGAGAGAUUGAUCCGAAACCAGUCUUUGAACUGGUACGUGAUGAAGAUAGAAAGAAACUGAAUGCUUCUCAAAGUGAAGAUGUAAUACAAAAUGCAUUCGAAGAGGAACCCAUGAAACAAGCGCGAUUUAAGCAAUAUAUGAAUUAUUUGAAACGAGGAUUGCACUAUCCACAACCACCCGAUAUGACAAGGUUGGAAUGGGACCAUGAAUUACAUGAUUUUCAAAAUGUGCUUCCUUCUGAAUUAUUACCGCUUAUAUCGGAAGUUGAAAGACAGCAGAAACCGCUAGCGCGCUCAGAUGUAGCGGCUCCCAUAGCCGAUGUUUUAAAAUCAAAGUUCAUUUCUAGUUCAAACUCCUGUUCUAACAAGGUGAAGGAAAUAGAUGAUGAACGAUUGGCAGCUGUAAAAGUGAAAAUGUUUGGUGUGAAGACUCGAUCAAUCGAUGAAUGGCAUCCUGCUAAACAGUUGGCUAAACGAUUCAAUGUUCCGGAUCCAUACCCCUCGUCUAAUCUCCUUGGUGUUCCUCGUUUACAGAAAACAGCAAAGAUCGAAACAUUAGCAAAUCUCGGUGCUCAUAUGUUAACAUUUGAUUCAACGGCACAGGAUUUGAAGUAUCGUUCAAGCUUAGGAAACAUCAAUGUGGAAAAAAAAGAGGCAUUUUUUACCGCUUUUUCACAGAUACAGAUAACAUAUUUGUAUCAAUUUAAAUUUUUUUCAUUGAUUUCCAUAACAGAAGAACCACUUAAUGAAGACAAAAUCAGUUCAGACCAAAAGCCGUCAGAAGAAUUCCUGAAAGCUAUAUUUGGUGACAGCGAUGAAUCUAUAACUGAUUCCGAAGAUGAGGAAGUGCAAAAUAAUCAGAAGGGUGUAAUAGUUCCAUCAACAUCUGAGAGCUUCCUUGGCAAUAAGAUUGAAGGCGAUAAAAAAUCUGUUUCAUCAGAAAAAAUGAUCACAGUGAUGGAUAUGGACUUGUCAUCUGACAGAGAUGAUGAUAAUGAAGAGUUCGGACCCGCACCUCCACCUUCCAUGUCUUUGUCAAAGGUUGAUUUGAGGGCAAACAUUAUCGACUUAAAUAAAAGAGAAAAUUACAUCGUCAUCAAGGAUCAUAAGAAUAACCUGCUCGAAUGCAUAGCUUUCGUUUACAUGAUCUCUGGACGAGUUAGUGGAACAGUUAGUGAAAUGAAGUGA